AUGACGCAAAAGGGGUACGUCGGAGUUCCUGAGGAACCAUACAGGUCUAAAUUUACUCCUGAGGUGGGACCUUAUUAUGGAUUUGAAGGAGAAGGAACACAUGCUGUGCCGCUACAAGGAAUACCGCUAUACCAAGGUGAAGGUAAUAAUCAAGAAGGAUUGAAACGUUUUGUGGUACAAGGGUAUAAGGAUGUGUGGGCUGCAAUAUUAUACAUUUUAUGCAUUCUUGCAACUAUUGGGCUUGGAAUAUAUAAUAUUUGUCAGCAGGGAUUGCGUAGUUUAAUAUCUGCUGAUGUAGUAAAUAUUUUUUGGGCUUGUAAUGAUGAUAGUUGUAUUGACUCGGUGUGUCUUUUCUUUCUUCUUGCUUUUGCUUUUUCAGUUAUUGUAUGUUUGUCCUCUUUGUCGUUGAUGAAACGUUUUGCUAGCGGAAUAAUCAAGGGUUGCAACGUUAUUUUGCUUAUUUUUUAUGUCGUUGCUUUCCUUUUUUCGGUAUGGGCACUUAAUAACGCUUUUGCUAUUCCAUGGUUUUGUAUGCUGGUUGUGCAUUUACUUUGGCUUUUCUUUGCAGGUCGGCGUAUUCCUCUCGCUGCUGAGCUUCUGAAAAGCUCUUCUACUGUGGUAUGUAACUACAAAGCACUGUGCGCAGUCAACGCCGUCCUGUUUGGUGCACAUGUCUUUUUCAGUGUUAUGUGGGCGUCUGUUAUGAAACCACUAUAUGCGCAGCUGGCGAAGAUGGAGUUAAAUCCGAGCGCUGGUGGAGCUCGCAAUGAGGAAGAUUUGACUCUCAACAUUCUAUUCCUAAGCUUGCUUGCUCUGCUGUUCGUCAUGUUUUGGGCGACGCAGGUGACAACUAAUCUGAUGCAUGUAACAACUGCUGGACUUACUGCUACAUGGUACUUUGCUGGUAAGGAGAAUAUGCCAAAGAAUCCCACCCUCGCCUCAUUCAAGCGAGGUACCACCACAAGCUUCGGCUCCAUUUGCUUUGGGUCACUGCUUGUGGCAAUUAUCCGUCUCAUACGGUGGCUCGUGUCAACCGCAGAAGACAGUGAACAUGAAAUAUUACGCUGUAUAUUCCUUUGUAUUAUUGGUUGUUUGGAGAGUUUGAUGGAAUACUUCAACACAUACGCAUUUGUUCAUGUUGCCAUCUAUGGUUGUGGGUACACUGAAGCAGCGAAAAUGACAUGGGAGUUGUGUAAACGGUGUUCUUGUGCUGCUUUGUUUAAUGACAGACUGAUUGAUGUGACAUUAUUUGUUGCUUCAUUUAUUGGUUCGCUACUGGUUGGUGUUAUCGUCGGUCUUGUGUCUGCAUCGGGAGGUGGAUUUGCGUUUGGUUUCACCGUUUCUAUAUUGGUUCACCUUUUCAUAUUCUCCCCCGUGGGUAGUGCUGUAACCACCUUAUUCGUAUGUUAUGCGGAAGUGCCUGAGGGCCUUGAGCACUCAUCCCCUGACUUGUACGCGGCUCUUCAGAGAACUGACCAAAACGGCACAUCAAAUGGAGCAGCACCUCCACGUGUGUAA